CUCUGGACCUAUUUACCUUUCAAAGUCUACCCAAAUCUCCUGCACAAAACAUCUUCUUCUACCACAUCAAUGGCCUACCAAAGAAUCAUGCAGGCGCUGCUCGGAGCCGCCGCCGUCGGUCUGACCCAUGCAGCAGCUACCCCUGAAAUGCAGAAGCGCUCAUGCUCCUACACCGUGAGAGACACCUACUGUUUCACCGACGGCGACGCGAUGGACUACCGAGAGCUCACCACCACCCAACUGGAUGGUAUGGUCACUUCCAUGCACACAAUGCUCGACGAUAUGAAUGCCGCGGCAGUGACCUCCAAGACAUUGGAGUACUACUACGAGGGCAUCGUUUGUGGAGACGACAACCAGUAUACCUGCGAUGCCGCGAUCCUCGUUACCACCCAGAGCGAUGGCGAUAUUGGCACAGUAAUGGUGCUGAAUGGCUGUAUGAACAGUAUGCCACCAGUGGGGCGGACACGGCUUGUCUCUAUGGUGGAAAGUGUCUCACUGUCGACUGUUCUGCUUUUGAUGAUUGUGUCAAGACUGUGAUUUCUUAGGCGCUUUUCUUAUCUCAAGAAGAGAGUUGGCGAUGGUUUGUUGGGGUUGUUUGGGGGGUUGUCGGAAAUGAUAUGUUGAUCUUGUCUUGGAUCCUUGCUGCUGUUUUCAUUGAGAUUUGGUUAGAAGGUAUUGUGAUGAAUUACAGGUGGAUAGAUUUUUAGGAAUGAUAUCGAAUAAUAUUAUGUUAGGACACGAAGCCGAAGAAAACGAGUGAUAUUGG